CUUGAUAUUCUGAAGUCUAAAUUGAACUUUAACUUUCAGAUUCAUUUGGCAUCUUGGCAAUAUCAUUUGCUGCAAUAUAAACACCGAAUACCUCACACAGAAGUAACUGCAGUUCAGCUGUGCCUUCACUUACUUUCCUUCAGUCGUUAUUUGAGUCACGAAUACUGUUUGUGUGGUUGCGAUAACCAUAAGAAGAAGAAGUGUUCUGCUAUCUUGACCAUAGAAUCGGAUCAUUAGGCAACCCUCCCACAGCCAACAUUAGAGUGUUUGCAUUCUAGCACAUCUGCAUCAAUUCGUAACUCGCAGCACACAAUCAAACAGUCUAGAAAUGGCCGAUCAGCUGACAGAAGAACAAAUAGCCGAAUUCAAGGAAGCUUUCUCCCUCUUCGAUAAAGACGGAGAUGGAACCAUCACAACGAAGGAGUUGGGAACCGUGAUGAGAUCCCUCGGCCAGAACCCGACAGAGGCCGAACUUCAGGACAUGAUCAACGAGGUGGACGCGGACGGAAACGGAACAAUAGACUUCCCCGAGUUCCUCACCAUGAUGGCCAGGAAGAUGAAAGACACCGACUCCGAAGAGGAAAUCCGAGAGGCAUUCCGAGUGUUCGACAAGGACGGCAACGGAUUCAUCUCGGCCGCCGAACUGCGACACGUUAUGACUAACCUAGGUGAGAAGCUGACGGACGAAGAGGUGGACGAGAUGAUCCGGGAAGCGGACAUUGACGGAGACGGACAGAUCAACUACGAGGAGUUCGUGUCUAUGAUGACGUCAAAGUAAACGAGACGACUGAUGACUGCAACUGACGACACUCUUACGUCAUUAUCGAUUGCACAAUCAUAAUGACGUGACUGGGGCUUUGAAUUGCGUCAUACGAAUCCAGAAAAACUACUAGAAAAAAUUGUUGAAAUCUACCCAAUCAUGUCACGAAUCAUGUUUGCAUUUAUUUAAUACUAAGAAACCUAAUUAAGGACACUAGUUAACAGCUACAUUUUGAUGCUUUUUUGUAAUUACAGUUGAUCGAUGUUUAUUUCGCCACUUGGUUUUAGUAAAAGUCAAGGUCAAAUGCUUCAUGCAUGAGUGUUGCCCUGACUUUUCCCUAAUGCCGAACGAAACGAAGAUGCACAAUUCAAAACACCAAUAGGCGCAUUUCAUAUUUUUACGCUUUCAUUUCUGGGACGUUUCGGAUCAAAAGAAGUUUGAAGUGCCAAUUAUUCAAUGGCCCUAGCCUUUGCAGUGUUUAUUUUUAUCAUCUUUCGAUGCAAAAUUUUGAAUUGAAAUUGUCCAAUAGUUCAACAAGCUAAAUGGUACAAACGAAAACAUAAGCUAUCUUUCAUUGUUAGAUUAGUUUUUUUUAUCAUUGGCUUGUUUUUUGAGUGCAGUUCAACUAAGUUGUUUUGUAUUGCCAUUUGAUUGUGAUAACGAGGAUGGAGCUUCUGUAUUUCAUUUAACAUUCCAUUCCAUUCAACAUAUUUGACUGUGAUCGCACUAACUGAAUACUGAAGUUAUGUUUGCUGCUGUUUACCUGCCAAAAAACUAACAAAUUGAUCUCGCUAGCAAACCCACAGAAUCGAGUUUGCUCUAGAAAAAGCAAAGGAGUCAAAAAAUAAGGAAGCGAUUUUUUUAUUUCUUGCUCUAACGUAGCAAGUGCUAUUUAUUUUUAAUUUAUUAAGUAAUUAAACUAAAUAUUUAUUGCAAAUUUAGGCAUUGAAAUAGCGUCCUCUCUUCGAUUUAUCUAUUUAAUUUCUGAAGUAUAACUACUUGAUAUAACGGCCCUAGAUAACUCUUUCUUCGUCGUGUACAAAUUCAAUGGCUUGUUCAGAUGGAAGUUCUCGUUUCAUUGACCGUGCAAUAUCUUUAUGAACUUAAUUUAUUCGGAAAACCUUG